AUGGCCUCCAACAGUGGCAACAAGAGCGUCGGAACGCAAACACCUUUUUCUUUUGGUGACGAUCCUACCCGUGAACUCAACCGUGAGCAAGAAGAAGCUGAGCGUCAAGGACGCAAAGCCCCAGCCUCUGGUGAUACCAGUGGCAACAACGGCAGCCAACAGCAGCAGCAGCAUCAAAAUGGCCCUGAGGAUCAUCUCAUCGUGGGUCACGCUGAAGCCCCUCGUCAAAGGACCUUUCAAGGUGCUUUCAGCUUCAAUCGUGGUCGCGGUCAGAGCCAAGGGCAAAGCCGUGGAAUCACCUAUAACCGUGGCCCAUGGAGGGGUGGUCAGAACUAUGGCCGUGGUCAGAAUGAGAACCGUGGUCAGAAUGAGAACCGUGGUGGACGCGGUAAUGCUGGACCUGGUCGGGGUAACUUUGCAGUUACUCGAUACAACCGUGGUGGCUAUAGCCAAAACAACUCUCGAGGCGGAAUCACCAAGUCUGCUAAGCCUGUCGCGGUGGAGAAACCUGCCACAACGGUAGUCAACGACAAGCAGAGCAGAGAGCAUGCCACAAAUGCUUCCAGUGGUGGUGGGACGCAGGCUGCCGAUUUCAUUCCUCCGAAAGUGUGGACCUUUGUGGUCAGAGACAUGGAGCACCUCAAACAAGCGGUAGAAUUAAUGCAGAGACACAACCCCUACCAAAUGGUUCAGACCAGGUUGACAGCGGUACCGAACAACCUGACAACGGUACCGAACAACCUGACAACGGUACCGGACAAUCUCCGACAGAUUGCCAGAAACCGACAGCUGCAGCAGAGCACAAAGUACACCGACCGAAAGUACCCGCUGAAGAAGGGCCCCAAAGAGAACCCUCGUGUUGAGCAUGUGGGUGACGAGGGGGGUGUACGCUGUGUCUCGUGUGGUUCGAAAUCGCACCUCAUUGGGUUUUGUCUCUCCAUUCAUGAUGGCGAGCUCAGAGGUUGCCCUCUGUGCCAUGAUCUUGGUCACCUAGUUGAUCAGUGCCAAACUUUCUUGGCUAUGAGUUUGACCAACAAGGUUCGUACUCUUGUCGAUGGCCGAGCCAGGAUGCCUCCUCUGGCCACCACUGUCCCUUGGUGGGAUUACCUACACCAAUGGCUAGAGGACGAAGUGUCCAAGAACGCAGAUCCUCCCUCAGGCUUCCCUUGGUCUGUGGACUUCACCAAGAUGGUGAACCAGGAAGAUCGGGGUGCCUUUGUCAAGGGUCGCCAGCAAGAAUUUGAUAAGGACCACAACAAGCGGUCUAUCCUUCCUUAUGACGCAGAUACCAGCAAGUUCCAGUCGAUCUAUCGCAAGUACUGGAGCUCAGAGCAGAAGUCAUUCCCCGAGCGCAUCAGGGAGAUGACAGGUGAAGUGGCACCGAAUGACGAUUUCUCUGACUAUAAAAUGCAACCGAUACCCCCGGAUUUUGAUGUUAAUGCAGAGCCGGAGGGGAACUACGGAUUUCCAAAUUAA